GAACUGCAGGGAAGGACAUCUUUGCUUAGACCUUCCGGUUUCUCCCUUUGUUUCUUUUUCUGUUCGAUGCGGACUGCUCUUUCGCCUGUUUUUUAAUACUCCGGUUGGAGUCUUGCAUAAAUGGCGGAAGUUGAAAAUGGCUCUGUAAAUGAGCCAGACCACCAAACACCUUCGGCCGCGCAGGCAGACAAUAACGAGAAUAACGUCGACUCGUCGACACAUUCUGACCCCCCACGACACUCUAUAGAGGAGAAGCCUUAUUUAUCAAAUGAAUCAGAACCGCAGAAAACCGAAGCAGAUGGCUCAGGGGAGUCUAAUUUUCCCGAAAACCAAAUAGAACCAACCGAAGAUAUAGUAUCUAUCGAACAACCCUCAAGCCCGUCGAAGAACGUCGCCGAAUCCUCCGAACCCUCCGAACCUGAGAAUCACCCAGAACCUGACUCCGAAACAAGAGACGUUGAAGGUGAUAGCUCGCCAGGUGAACCGACCGCUGGCGUUGACAAGGAACCCCACGGCGAAAGACAAGAUACUGCAUCGAUACCCCGUCAAGAUGAAGUCGCCCCGGAUUCCCGAAUGCGCUCCGACUCAAGGUCGACAACUGCUACAUUUGCAACGCAUCGUUCGGUCCCUGUCAGCUCAACUGUUUUUAUUGUAACAUCUCUCGACACAAUUGGCGCAUCCCGGGAAGCCCGAAAGAGCAAGGAAUUGGAGGAUGCUGUUAAAAAUGCGCUUGCCAAUGUCAAACAAUCAGAUCGCCAACCCAUUGAUCCGGAGGUCAUAUUCCGCCCCCUCCAGCUUGCGACGAAGACUUUCAGCAUCCCUCUACAAGUGACAGCGCUGGAUUGCAUCGGGAAAUUGAUCACAUACUCAUACUUCGCAUUCCCAUCUCCCCAAGAUGGCGGGUCCUCGGAAAAUGAGACUGCUUCGCAGCAACCACCGCUGAUAGAGCGUGCCAUCGAUGCGAUUUGCGAUUGCUUCGAGAACGAAGCAACGCCAAUUGAAAUUCAGCAGCAAAUUAUCAAAUCACUUCUUGCGGCAGUUCUGAAUGACAAAAUUGUUGUGCACGGAGCCGGUCUCCUAAAGGCUGUCCGCCAGAUUUACAAUAUAUUCAUCUACUCCAAAUCGAGUCAGAAUCAGCAGAUCGCGCAGGGUUCUCUCACACAGAUGGUUAGCACGGUCUUUGAUAGAGUGCGGGUGCGGCUAGAACUGAAGGAUCUACGGAUUCGGGAGGGCGAGAAGGCUCAGGAAAGCCCGGACGUUGUAACUCUAGAUGCAGUCGACGCCUCUCACCCAAAUGAGCAGGAUCAAGUAUCUGAAGCUGCUUUGGUUUCAACGCCUGACCAGCCUGCGAUUAAAGAGCCUACUGAGAAGCUCACACUACAAAGUUUCGAGUCGAACAAAGAAGAAACUUCAGUCAAUGACAACGCCCCAACAAUGGUCACUCGUGCCAGGAAUGGUAAAACAAAGUCGCGAUCCAUAUCUAGCGCUCCUGAGGGAGAGAGAGAUGAUGGCGAUAGUGCCGCAGAUGAUGAAGAAGAUGAGAUUUACGUCAAAGAUGCCUUCUUGGUGUUAAGGGCCCUAUGCAAACUGAGUCACAAGAUCCUCAGUCACGAUCAACAACAGGAUCUUAAGUCUCAGAAUAUGAGGUCGAAGCUACUUUCCUUGCAUCUCAUUCACUAUCUCAUCAAUAACCACGUCGCUGCUUUUACCUCCCCCCUUGUUACGAUCAAACACAGUUCCAGUGGCCCGGAUGCCAUGACACUCUUACAGGCUGUGCGGCCCCACCUCUGUUUGAGUCUGAGUCGAAAUGGCUCAAGCUCCGUGCCUAGGGUAUUCGAGGUCUGCUGUGAAAUUUUCUGGCUUAUGCUCAAGUAUAUGAGGGUGAUGAUGAAGAAAGAGCUCGAGGUAUUCUUGAAGGAGAUCUAUCUGGCUAUCCUUGAAAAGCGGAACUCUCCCGCUUUUCAAAAACAAUAUUUUAUGGAGGUAUUAGAAAGAUUGGCAGGUGAUCCGCGUGCCUUGGUUGAGAUCUAUCUCAACUACGAUUGUGAUCGAACGGCUUUAGAAAACAUUUUCCAGAAUGUCAUAGAGCAGCUGUCACGAUAUUCGAGCGUCCCAGUCACAGUGACACCCUUCCAGCAACAGCAAUAUCAAGAACAUCAUGUCAAGGUCUCUAAAAUUGGAUCUGAAUGGCAUCAAAGUGGCACGCUACCUCCGUCGCUAAUGACCGCAAGCGUAGCCAAUACACCACAGCCAAAUUUACAAGGGGUGCCCCCAGAGUACAUCUUGAAGAACCAGGCACUCGAAUGCUUGGUAGAGAUUCUGCAAUCAUUGGACAACUGGGCCUCUCAACGCAUUGAUGAUCAAGCCGUCGCUGUGCCUAAUGUCUCGUCGCAAAAGUCCAUGGACAACUCUAGAGAGUCCCUUGACACAAAUGCUGCCAUGUUCCUCUCCUCGCCCAGAAUCGAGAGUACAGAUGGAACCGGCCUUUCAACUCCUGUGGCAGAUGAUGACCCGAGUCAAAUAGAGAAGGUCAAGCAAAAGAAAAUUGCUCUCAUGAACGCCAUUCAACAGUUCAAUUUUAAGCCUAAGCGUGGCAUCAAGCUCUUCCUUCAGGACGGCUUCAUCCGUUCUGACUCGCCUGAAGACAUCGCCGCAUUUUUGCUACGCAACGAUCGAUUAGACAAAGCCAUGAUAGGAGAAUAUCUUGGUGAAGGCGACGCUGAAAACAUUGCCACCAUGCAUGCUUUUGUCGACAUGAUGGACUUCUCAAAGCGACGCUUCGUUGACUCUCUCCGCCAGUUUCUUCAAAACUUCCGAUUGCCUGGAGAGGCUCAAAAGAUUGAUCGUUUCAUGCUCAAGUUUGCAGAACGUUAUGUGACCCAGAAUCCCAAUGCAUUUGCGAAUGCGGAUACAGCAUAUGUCCUCGCAUACUCCGUCAUCAUGCUCAACACGGAUCAGCACAGCGCCAAACUCAAAGGUCCUCGCAUGACAAAGGAGGACUUUAUCAAAAAUAACAGAGGUAUCAAUGACAAUCAGGAUCUGCCGGAUGAUUAUAUCGGUGCUAUUUAUGAUGAGAUAGGUAGCAAUGAGAUCGUUCUUGACACUGAGAGGGAGCACGCUGCAAACCUCGGUAUUCCGACAUCUACUCCUGCUGGCUUAGCAUCACGAGCUGGUCAGGUCUUUGCCACAGUUGGUAGAGACAUUCAAGGCGAGAAAUACACUCAAGCUUCCGAGGAAAUGGCCAACAAGACAGAGCAACUUUAUCGAAGUUUGAUACGGGCACAGCGAAAGACAGCCGUCAAGGACGCUCUCUCACGGUUUAUCCCUGCAACAUCUUUUAGACACGUCGGAUCUAUGUUCAACGUUACCUGGAUGUCUUUCCUUUCCGGUUUGUCCGCUCCUAUGCAAGACACUCAAAAUUUGGAGAUCAUCAAGCUUUGCAUGGAAGGAAUGAAGCUUUCCAUACGUAUCAGCUGUGCUUUCGAAUUAGAAACGCCUCGUGUUGCAUUUGUUACCGGGUUGGCAAAGUUUACAAAUCUUGGGAACGUCAGGGAAAUGAUGGCGAAGAAUGUCGAAGCCCUGAAAGCUUUGCUUGACGUAGCUCUUACGGAGGGCAAUAGUCUUAAGGGUUCUUGGAGAGAGAUUCUUACCUGUGUCAGUCAGCUUGAUCGACUUCAGCUUUUAACUGAUGGGGUAGACGAGGGUUCAUUGCCCGACGUUUCAAGAGCCCGUAUCGUGCCUCAGGCAUCUUCUGAUGCGUCUCGUAAGUCUAUGCAGGCAACGAGACGCCCUCGCCCUCAGUCGGUCAAUGGGCCUGCAAGUUUCCGCACGGAAGUUGCAAUGGAGAGUCGGUCAGCCGACAUGAUACGAGGUGUAGAUCGGAUCUUUACGAACACUGCCAAUCUUUCCCAUGAAGCUAUCAUCGAUUUCAUUGGAGCAUUGAGCGAAGUGAGUUGGCAAGAGAUUCAGUCCUCCGGACAUAGCGACUCUCCGCGGACAUACAGUUUGCAGAAAUUGGUCGAGAUAAGCUACUACAACAUGACAAGAGUCAGAAUUGAGUGGUCAAAAAUCUGGGAGGUUCUUGGUCAACACUUCAAUCAUGUGGGCUGCCAUUCGAACACGACUGUGGUCUUUUUUGCGCUCGAUUCUCUUCGUCAGCUCUCAAUGCGAUUCAUGGAAAUUGAAGAACUUCCGGGAUUCAAAUUUCAAAAAGACUUCCUCAAGCCCUUUGAACAUGUUAUGGCGAACAGUAACACUGCCACUGUGAAGGAUAUGAUCCUACGAUGUCUUAUCCAGAUGAUUCAAGCUCGCGGGGACAAUAUCCGUUCUGGUUGGAAAACAAUGUUUGGCGUGUUUACAGUGGCCGCUCGGGAGCCCUAUGAAGGAAUCGUCAACAUGGCUUUCGAGCAUGUCUCUCAGAUUUACAGCACUCGUUUCGGGGUAGUCAUCACCCAAGGUGCUUUCCCAGACCUUAUUGUUUGUCUCACAGAGUUUUCCAAAAACAUCAAGUUCCAGAAAAAGUCCCUGCAAGCAAUUGAAACCUUGAAGUCAACGGUUACAAAAAUGCUCAGGACUCCGGAAUGCCCUCUGUCACAUCGUGGCGCAAAAUCAGAUGGUUCACAUGACAACGGUGCAUCGAAUAUCACCUUGCAGCCUAGCGGGCAGUCUCAAGAGGAACAGUUCUGGUAUCCCAUAUUGAUUGCCUUCCAGGAUGUGCUUAUGACCGGCGAUGAUCUUGAAGUUCGAUCACGUGCGCUAAAUUACUUGUUUGAAACACUGAUUCGACAUGGUGGCGAGUUUCCCCAAGACUUCUGGGAUGUUCUCUGGAGACAGCUUCUAUAUCCCAUUUUUGUCGUAUUGCACUCAAAAUCAGAGAUGUCCAAAGUCCCUAAUCAUGAAGAGCUUUCCGUGUGGCUUUCAACUACAAUGAUCCAAGCCCUGAGGAACAUGAUUACUUUGUUCACGCACUAUUUUGAUGCUCUGGAAUAUAUGCUUGGCCGCAUUCUCGAACUACUCACGCUAUGCAUCUGCCAGGAAAAUGAUACAAUCGCACGGAUUGGAAGCAACUGUUUACAACAACUGAUUCUGCAAAACGUUGCAAAAUUCCAGCAGGAGCACUGGACCAAGGUUGUCGGUGCUUUUGUUGAGCUCUUUAGUAAGACAACUGCAUACGAGUUGUUCACAGCGGCAGCCACUAUGUCUUCAAAAUCACCAGUGCCCAAUAAAUCGACAAAUGGCGAUGUAACCAACAGCGAGGAUACGACACCCGAAUCUGCUGAGGCACCGCCCACUGAUGAAAGCCGCACCGACUCCCCCAAACCCAACGGGGCCCAAAAUGUGGCACCUGAGCAUGAAGAAGGGGAUAUGCCGACUGCUCCAGAGUCCGAACUGGAAGACUAUCGACCUCAGGCAGAUGUACAACAGCAGCCAGCUGCAGUGACUGUAACGCGUCGUCGAUUUUUCAAUCGUAUUAUUACGAACUGCGUUCUUCAAUUGCUGAUGAUUGAAACUGUCCAUGAACUUUUCUCAAAUGACAAAGUUUAUGCUCAGAUCCCAAGUCAUGAGCUCUUGCGGCUAAUGGGGUUGUUGAAGAAGAGCUACCAGUUCGCGAAGAAGUUCAAUGAAGAUAAGGAACUUAGGAUGCAGCUCUGGCGCCAAGGAUUCAUGAAGCAGCCGCCGAACUUGCUCAAACAAGAAAGCGGAAGUGCUGCUACUUAUGUCCAUAUUCUCUUCCGAAUGUAUCACGAUGAGAGGGAAGAAAGGAAGAACAGCCGGGGAGAAACUGAGGCUGCACUCAUUCCUCUCUGCGCGGAUAUCAUUCGAAGCUUUGUGCGACUUGACGAAGAGUCACAACAUCGCAAUAUCAUAGCCUGGCGCCCUGUCGUUGUGGAUGUUAUUGAAGGUUACACAAACUUCCCUUCUGAAGGUUUUGAUAAAUACAUCAAGACCUUCUAUCCUCUGGGUGUCGAUUUACUCAGUCGCGACCUAAAUCCCGAAGUCCGUAUCGCGCUACAGUCCUUGCUUCGAAGAAUUGGCGAAGCGAAAUUGGGCGUGCCUCCCGCAGAAACGCCCUUGCAGGCAUCAGCCAGUCCAAGGAGCUCGGUCUCUCAGCAACACUCUCGCAGAUACAGUCGGGGGCAAUAA